CUCCCCCCGCGCUCACGCUCAGGGAGCAGGGGCUGCGCGGCGCGGCGGCGAUGUGUUCGACGCCGGGGCUGCCGACGCCGGGGGCCUCGCUGACCCUGCGGGUGUCCUUCGUGGACGUGCAUCCCGAAGUGAUCCCAGUGCAGCUAUGGGGACUGGUGGGCAAGCGACGGGACGAGUACGUGCGGCUAAGCCGAGACAUCCAGGAAGCCGCGGCCACGCGCGGCCCGUGGGCGCUGGGCGGUGCCUCGGCCUCCCCGGGCGAGCUGUGCCUGGUGCAGGUGGGGCUCAUGUGGCACCGCUGCCGCGUGGUGAGCCGGCAAGCGCAGGAGAGCCGCGUCUUCCUGCUGGAUGAGGGCCGCACCAUCACGGCAGGCGCGGGCUCGCUGGCGCCCGGGCGCAGCGAGUUCUUCCACCUGCCCUCGGAGGUGCUGGGCUGCGUGCUGGCCGGNNNGGUGCCGGCGGGCGGUGGCGCGGCGGGUGGGGGCGAGCUGCAGCACUGGCCGGCCAGUGCGGUGGACUUCCUAAGCAACUUCCAGGACAAAGAGGUGCACGGGCGGGUCCUGGACGUACUGCUCCUCCAUCGCCUGGUCCUCCUGGAGGUGCCCAGUCUGUUCCAGCAAAUGCAAGAGCUCGGCUUGGCCCGGCGGGUGCCUGACAGCCUCUUCCGCUCGUUGCUCAAACGCUACCUCGCAGCUGUCACCUCUGGCGUGGGUCCCGGGGCCCCCGUCCUCCCGCGAAUCCUGCCCAAGCAUGAGCAACCUGGCCUGGAUUACUUCUACCCGCAGCUGCAGCUGGGCGUGACAGAGCCCGUAGUGGUCACCCAGGUAUGCCAUCCCCACCGCAUUCACUGUCAGCUCCGGAGCCUCUCACAGGAGAUUCACCGCCUCUCCCAGAGUAUGGCCCAGGUAUACUGGAGUUCCACCAGGAUGGGAGACGAGAACUCUAGCAGUGUCACCUGGGGGGAGAGGGAGGAGAGCCCAGACAAGCCGGGCUCUCCGUGUGCAUCUUGUGGCUUGGAUGGACACUGGUAUCGGGCGCUCUUGCUUGAGACCUUCCGGACACAGCGCUGUGCCCAGGUGCUUCAUGUAGACUACGGAAGGAAGGAGUUAGUGAGCUGUAGCGGCCUCCGGUACUUGCUGCCGGAAUAUUUCCGAAUGCCUGUUGUCACCUACCCUUGUGCUUUGUAUGGACUCUGGGACGGUGGGAGAGGCUGGUCUCGGUCACAGGUUGGUGACCUGAAGGCACUGAUACUGGGCCAAGCAGUGAAUGCAAAGAUUGAGUUUUAUUGUUCCUUUGAGCAUGUGUACUAUGUCACCCUGUAUGGAGAAGAUGGGAUUAACCUUAACCAUGUUUUUGGAGUGCAGUCAGGCUGUUUGGCUGACCGAUUCCUUCAGAGCCAGGGAAUAGAGGAGGAAGAGGAGGAGGAAGAAGAACCAGCCAUUCAGUCCCAGGCUCUUCCUGAAGAAAUGGAUGAAGAUAUUUCCCUCCCAGCCUUGCGAUCUGUCAGGCUAAAGAUGAAUGCCUUCUAUGAUGCCCAGGUAGAGUUUGUAAAAAGUCCUUCUGAGUUUUGGAUUAGAUUGAGGAAACACAACAGCACCUUCAGCAAGCUGAUGAGGAGAAUGUGCAGUUUCUACUCCUCAGCCAGUAAACUGGAUGGUGUAGUUUUGAAACCUGAACUUGAUGACCUGUGCUGUGUUAAAUGGAAAGAGAAUGGCUAUUAUCGGGCCCUAGUCACCAGAUCAGAUGACAAGAGUGUGGACAUCUUCCUAGUUGACCGGGGCAAUUCAGAAAGCGUGGACUGGUACGAUGUGAGGAUGUUGCUUCCUCAGUUUAGGCAGCUACCAAUAUUGGCUCUGCAGUGCACCCUAGCUGAUAUUUGGCCUUUAGGAAAAACUUGGAGCCAGGAGGCAAUCUCCUUUUUUAAAAAGACGGUACUUCACAAAGAAUUAGUUAUCCACAUCCUUGAUAAGCGGGAUUAUCAGUAUGUUAUUGAGAUUCUUGAUGAAUCAAGAACAGGGGAAGAAAACAUUAGUAAGGUAAUUGCUCAAGCAGGAUAUGCCAAAUACCAGGAAUUUGAAACAAAGGAAAAUAUUCUAGUAAAUGCCCCCUCUGCAGGGCAUGUUUCAAACCAUUUUCCUGCAGUGACUAAGAUAUCUUCUGCCCAGAAGGUAGAAGGAGAACAGAAAGCCAAGAGAGACAAUAAAACCACAUCUGUUUCACAAGCUGUGACCAACACAAAAGGUGUUUCAAAUGUUUUAGCCGAACUCAUUGCACCAGAAGAGAAAAGCACAUCUGUUUAUUCUUCUCUUACACAGAAUUUCUUGGAAGUUAAACCAGGCUCUCUUUGUGGAGGAGAACUACCCGUUGGAAGUACAAUCGAAGUCAAAGUGUCUUCUGUUGAAAACCCGGGCUAUUUCUGGUGCCAAUUGAGUAAGAACAUACAAGAAUUUAAAACACUAAUGUGUAACAUUCAGGACUAUUGUGAAGAAACACCUGCUCCUUAUCAGGGAACCACCCCUGCUUGUUUGGCAAAGCGGGCAGUAAAUGGAAAGUGGUCUCGAGCUCUGAUUAGUGGGGCUCAGUCUUCAGAGCAUGUUAAAGUAGUAUUUGUGGAUUAUGGAGACAAAGAUACGGUAUCCGUGAAGGAUAUCUAUUCAAUAAGUGAAGAGUUUCUCACGGUUAAGGCUCAAGCUUUUAAGUGCAGUCUUUAUAAUUUAAUUCAACCAACAGGUCCUAAUCCCUUUGUUUGGGAUGAAAAGGCAAUACAGGCUUUUAGUGAAUUUGUAGAUAACGCAGGCCAAGAUAAUCUGGAUUUAAAAUGUACAAUAUUUGCUUUGGCCUCAAUACGUGAUGAAGAACUAUUUAACAUUGUGGAUUUGCUAACACCCUUUCAGAGUGUCUGCCAUUUUUUGGUAGAGAAGAGACUUGCAAUACCAGUAAAACUUCAAAUGCCACUGGAGUCCUCUGUUCAGCUACAUUCCUACUACUAUUCUACACACGAUAUGAAAAUUGGAAGUGAAGAAUCAGUGUAUAUAACACAUGUUGAUGACCCUUGGACAUUUUAUUGUCAGUUGGCAAGAAAUGCAAAUAUUUUGGAACAGUUGUCAUGUAGUAUUACACAAUUAAGUAAAGUUUUGGUUAAUUUAAAAACAUCUCCUUUGCUCCCUGGAACCUUGUGCCUGGCCAAGUAUACUGAUGGAAACUGGUAUAGGGGGAUAGUAAUAGAAAAAGAACCAAAUAAAGUCUUUUUUGUUGAUUUUGGCAAUGUUUAUAUAGUAAGAAGUGAUGAUUUGCAUCAGAUUCCUUGUGAUGCAUAUGAUGUCUUACUUUUGCCCAUGCAAGCUAUUAAGUGUUCAUUAUCUGAUAUUCCCAAUAGUAUACCAGAAGAAAUUACAAAGUGGUUUCAGGAGAUUAUUUUAGAUAAGUCAUUGAAAGUCUUAGUUGUAGCCAAAGAUCCAGAUGGAAGACUGAUUGUAGAACUGUAUAAUGACAGUUUUCAAAUUAAUGCUAAUAUUAACGAGAAGUUAAGGCUACUUGGUUACAAAAAUAGAGAAAGGAAAAAUGAAAGUGAAGCACUCCUCUGUACAACUGAAACUCUCAAAGAAAAAAAUGAAGAUAUCAAGUUGUCACCUCCAGAGUAUGUAAGUCAAUUGGUUGAGAACAAAUUAUAUAACGUAGAGAUUUCGAGAGAGUCACAUAAACCUAAAAUCAGUUCAGCCUGUACAGAGGCCAAACUUUUACAAAGCUCAACAAAGACAAACAUAGUCACCCAAUAUUGGGAGUCUGCAGGAAAUAGAAAUACUCAGGCGUUUCCAUUAACAGCAGAAAAAAAAGAAGACAUUCUUGCUGUGUCACCUUUGAAAGCCAAAAAAGUAGAAGCUACUUUUUCAGAGAGAAAAAUAGGAGAUACAUGUAACAAAGUGUCUCUGCCAAUGAAAUUUUGUGAGUUCCCACAGAAGACUAUAAUACCUGGCUUUAAAACAACUGUGUAUGUUUCUCAUAUAAAUGACCUUUCAGACUUUUAUGUUCAGCUAAAAGAAGAUGAGGCUAAAAUUAACCGUCUUUCAGAAAGAUUAAAUGAUGUUAAAGCAAAGCCUGUAUAUUAUCAAGGCCCAAUUUUGCAAAAAGGAGAUGUUAUAUGUGCCGUUUUCUCAGAAGACAAUUUAUGGUAUCGUGCUGUGGUCAAGGAAAAACAACCCAAUGACCUUCUCUCUGUACAGUUCAUAGAUUACGGUAACAUUUCUGUGGUUCAUACGAACAAAAUAGGUAGGCUUGACCUAGUUAAUGCAAUAUUACCGGCAUUGAGUAUUCAUUGCUCCUUAAGUGGCCUUUGGGUUCCUGACAUUAUAAGCUGUAAGGAAAUGACACAUUACUUUUCCCAUAGGACUGAUGAGGCUCAAAUUAGAUGUGAAUUUGUUAAAUUUCAAGACAGAUGGGAAGUUAUUCUUGCUGAUGAACAUGGGAUCAUAGCAGAAGAUAUGUUGAGCAGAUACACUUUCAGUGAAAAAUCUCAGAUAGACCUUUCUACCCAAAUAACUGAAGGUGUCUGUUUAAAGUCUGUAAACAAAUCAAACAUUGACACUUCAGUAUUUCUUAAUUGGUAUAAUCCAGAAAAGAAGACAAUAAGAGCUUACGCUACUGUCAUAGAUGGGCCUGAAUAUUUUUGGUGUCAGUUCGCUGAUACUGAGAAUCUUCAAUAUUUAGAAGUAGAAGUACAAACCAUUGGAGAACAGGUAACCGAUGGGAGAAAUCAUAUCCCAUGUCCUCAUGUUGGAGAUCCUUGUAUAGUAAAAUAUAGAGAAGAUGGGCAUUAUUAUAGAGCACUUAUCACUAGUAUUUGUGAAGAUGAUCUUGUAUCUGUCAGACUUGUGGACUUUGGAAACAUUGAAGACUGUGUGGAUCCAAAAGCACUCUGGAACAUUCCUUCCAAACUUCUGUUGGUUCCCAUGCAAGCCUUUCCAUGUUGCCUCUUGGGAUUUAAUAUUUCAGGAGAUGUAUGCCCUCAAGAGGGAAACGAUUAUUUUUAUGAAAUAGUAACAGAAGAUGUGUUGGAAAUAACAAUCAUAGACGUCAAAAAGGAUGUUUGUGACAUCCCUCUAGCAGUUGUGGAGUUAAAAAGCAAAGGCCAAAGUAUUAAUGAGAAAAUGAAGAAAUAUUCUAAAAUUGGUAUUAUGAAGAACAGUCUGCCUCAUGAGAAAAAUGGCCCAGAGAUAAAGGGAGCUCUUGGGUCUCCCAGUCCUGAUGUUGGACUUAACAAACGAAGUAAUAAAGCUACACAAGAUAAAGCAUUCUUUGUGGAUCCACAGACAGAUGAACUCUCUGAAGGAUUUGAAAAAGAUUUAAACAUUGUUGAAACCAAACCAAAUAAAUUAUCUGACCUCAAAACUGACAAUAUUUUUAUAGCUUUUGAAAACUCAUGCAAAGAUAAAAUCAGUACUGAGAUACUGGAAGGUGAUGCAGAAUGUCAUUUGGUUGACAAAACAAAGUUUGAUGAUAAAUACCUAGUUGCUGGAUUUAACACAUUAUUGCCACAUGUUAGUGAAACAAAGGAGGUAAUAGAACUAAAUCCACUUGAGGUACCACUUUCUCCUGACAAUGAAUCAAAAGAAUUCUUAGAACUGGAAUCCAUUGAGUUACAGCAUUCUCUAGUUGGAGAUGAAGAAAAAGAAGAUCCAUGUCUGGUACCACCUAUUGGGCCACUGUGCCAGGACUGUGACACAGAAGCCACCCUCCAACCAUUUAUGAUGCAGCUUCCCCUCAACUGUGAGGCUGAGAAACAUCCAGAACUAGAACUACCCAUUGUUCAGUUGUCUCUAGAGGACAAACCUAGUUCUUUGUCUUUAAAGGUUAGUGAUAAAGUCCACGAAUCUAUGUGUGCUGAGGACUUGAGAGAGUUAAGUUGUGUGGAAUCUUUUGAUGACCAACACAGGACACCACUGCAUGAAAUGAAUUGUGAUCCCCAAAUGCAGAUGGAAAUGAAUAUAUAUAAAGAAGAAUGUGCAGAAUAUAAAAACAAGGAUGCUAUUUCAUCACUGACACCAUUGUGUUCUGAAGAACCCAGAGAUGAAAGGAAACACAGUAAUGGUUUACCAGACGAUGCCUCAGCUCAACCACAAAACACCUACACUUUGAAAGGAUUUGCUGUUGGAUCCAAAUGUGUUGUGUGGUCAAGUUUAAGAAAAACUUGGUCUAAAUGUGAGAUUUUGGAAAUAGCUGAAGAAGGCACAAGGGUUUUGAACCUUUCAAAUGGUAUAGAGGAGAUGGUGAAUCCUGAGAAUGUCUGGAAUGGCAUCCCCAAAUUGGAUAAGAGUCCAUCUGAGGCUAUACUCCAUACAGUGGGAAAAGAUCUUCACUUUAUGUCACCAGAUGAUAGCGCAAUUAAAGAAAAGGGGUCCGGAGAAGAUGGAGAAUUAGUUGUGGAUCCAUAGAAAUGACCAGUCAAAAGCUGCUCUUUAUAAACAAGUGGCCUCCUACCCAGACCAAAAGAGUGUGUGGGAAAAUUAAAAGCAUGAAACUACAGAAAGUCGUCAUUUUUAAAAAAACUUUUAUAUAUGUCAAAACAGAAUAGAUGGUUUGUGCAGCGUAUUUAUAGUGACAUUGCUUUGCAUAUAGAUCUGGGAUCUUCUCUUUGAUUUUAAUUGUCUGAAGUUUCGAACCAGUUGGGAAGAGUUAUUUUGCUAACACAUUGCCUACCUUUCAAAAAAUACUAUCUUUGUGUCUUUUGAAUAUAAUAUUUAAAUUAAAAUAGAAAAACAUAGGUUCAUGACAAGUACAUUAUAUGAUGCUGCUUAGGAAGAUGACUUCGUUAGCAAUAACUUCUUCAAAAUUCUUGCUUUAAUCUUGAAGGUUUGCCUUAUCUGUCUAGUUAAACAUUUGACAAAUAUUCUGUUUGAAUUUGGAAGUAUUCUAAUGUGACAGAAGAUCUGAAUAAAGUUUAUCCCUGAAGGUGUGGUGGGUUUCAUUUUAUUAAAAUAGAAAUAGGAUAUUGGAUAUCUGUGGUUUCAUGUCUCCUCUCUGUAACUGGGGGCUGGGGAAAGCAUAAUAUUGCCUGUUAGCGCUUAUAUUAAUCACAAACUUGGUACUUUCUCAUUUCAGUCAUCAGUUCUAAGAUUUAUAUGCAUUUGUUUUGUUUUUGUUUCUUAGUUUUUGCUAUAGGAUGUGUGUACUUCCUAGAGAAAGACAAAAUCAGAAAGAAAGAGGAAAAUUGUG